CUCGCUUCGCCUCCCUCCCCACCAAAGGCACCAAGCGAACGCCGCGCGCCGCCCCUCGCCCCCUCCCCUCCCGAUCUGGCGAUCUACCGGCCCCGCGCCCUCGCCCUCCCUACUUCACCUCAGUACGCUCCCGUCUCCUCCUCCGCCUCUUCGAUCGUGUGCUCCCACUCCCUGUUCCGGCGCCUCGAUCUUCGCCGAUCUGCUUCUCGCCCAGAGAAUUGACUGGUUUUUCGCUUUGCAGCUUUCUCCUCCGCGCCCCCUCCUCCGCCGCCUCUUCGCUGCUACGCCUCGUGUGACGCCUCCGCUUCGCCCCUGCAAGAUACAGAAUCGGGAUUGCUGGCCCAUCUGCAGCGAAACUUUGGCAAAAUGGAUCACUCAUGCCUUGGGCUUGGAGCGCCAGUUUUAGUAUUCCGUAUAAAAUUUACAAGAUUUAGGAUGUUGUAACAUGUGUACUGGAAUUUAAUUUAACAUUUUAUCCUGGAAAAAAAAGAAAAUAAUCAUGUGUUCCAAAGUGAAGUUAUGGUGCUCCUUAUUGGUAAGAAAAAUAGUAUUAGGGCAUGCAAUUUUAAGCUGUGUUACUAUGUCUGCAACUGAGAAGUAUGCUUUGCCAGCAGCUACAUGAGCGGAAUAUUAUGAAUAUUACACAGCUAAGUCUACAUUGAACACCGACCGUAAGCCCACAAACUUAUAGGUGCCUUUGAUUGGACAAACAUCUGGAAUGUGUGAGCCUUAGUUAUAAGAACCAGAAAUUGGACCUGCCAAGCCCUUGGUUUCCGGUUUGAUUGAUCUAACUUGCUGUGGGUUGCUCGUUCAGACUUCAGAGUGUGUGCAUAGUACUAAGGUUUCAAACCAACCACAAGACAAGCAUGGUGCAUUGUUAUGGGAUCAAUGUUUUAACCUUCUACAUGGAAUCUUUUAGAAAAUUCUCAAAUUAUAGCUGUGCUGGUAUUGGAAUUUUCAAAUUUCUGGGAAACCCUAGGUACUAGCUAGUCUUUAGAAGAUUUUACCAUGUUUUACCUACAGCUAAAAUUUUGCUGCACAUACAUGCAAACUUUCAAUUGCCACCUCAGUUUUGUUUGUGAUAUAAAAGAUGCCAUACAUGUAACCUAUUGGAGUUGAAUUUACCAACUUUGUAUUCUGCAAAUGGGUCCGAUUUAGGGUCCGUUUGGUAGAGCUCCAUCUGAUUCUAAUUCUCUAUGGGAGCUGAUUCUCUGAGAGAAGUGAUUCAGUGGCUGAAAGUGAUUCUCUUUGAUUCUCUAGCAUAAACUCUUAAAAUCAGGAUGGAGAAUCACUUCACAGAAUCAGGAGAAGCUACUUUUUUCAGCUCCCAGCCUCUUAGUUCAUCUUAGAGAAUCACUUCACCGAAUCAGUUCUGGGAGCUCUGCCAAACGCACCCUUACCUUGAAGUUCUGUAUGCAUGUAGAUCCUAACCUUGAUUUAUUUAUGAAAAAUAUUUCCAAAAACUUUAUGCAGGUCUUUGUGGAAUAUGCAAUAUUUCUAAGUCUAGAGCUGUUUUCACAUGAGUUGCACCUUCGUCACACAUCACACAAUAUAAGUCCAAGAAAAUAUGGUAUCUAAUAAAUAGUCAUUGUAGAGGCUCCCUUGCGCAUUUGCAGCAGUAAAGUAGAGGGGUGGAGUGCACGUACUACAACAAUUGGCUUUUUGGUUCUCUAAUGAAACCAAAGCAUCGAUGGUAAUGGACCUAUAUUGAAGUAAAGAGGGAGUAGUUUUUAUGUUUUGCUCAUAACUGGUGUGCAUUUGGAUAAUUGGUCAAGCUGAACAAUAUUUAUUGAGAACAAGAAUAUGCUAGUACAAUGAACUCAUAAUGCAUUGUAUGUGAUAGUUUACUUUAGUUGUCUGUCAAUACCUGAUAUGUCAUACUGUCAUGUGCAACUUUGAACGGUAUGUAAAAUCCCUGAAUUUUUAAUAGCACCUCCUCAUAUCCAUGUUAUAGAUUUAACUGUAUCCUGUCUUUUUAAUCACCUUUCAGUAACACAUGGAUCUUUGGAGGGUUAUGUUCUUGUUGGUUGUUCUACUAGCUGUCAAGGUGCGGUGUGUUAGUUGCCCUGGUGACAUGUGGCUUGAGACGGCUACCCCAGCUCCCCACUUGAACAGGAGUGCUCCCCUGCCAGAGCCCCACAGGAAUGACAGCUGUGACAGCCACACUGUUUCCUGUGAACCUGCUGAAUCUAAUGGUGCUAAGGCUGUUGUUGGUUUCAACUCAGCCGUAACUUUCUUCUUCUUCGUUGUGCCUAUGAUACGAGUAUUGAGGUUAGAGCGUAACAGCCGUACUAAGUCGGAUACACAAUUUUGGUGGUAUCUUUGCUGUGGCUUUAGUGGCUACAUCGUAUGGGUAUAUUACUUCAGUGAUUGCUCUUCAUUAUAUCAAGCAGCGGUGUUUCCAAUAUAUAUGGUGUCAAUAUUGGGGGCAAUUGUCCAUUUCAUCCUUUUAUGUAUUGCUACAUAUCUGACUUUGGGUGUGCGGGAUAAGAGGCCAUAUGCACUGAUUUUUGUACUAGGAUCAUCCUUAAUCGGUGCUACUCUUCUGUGGGUGUUUAAAGUGAAACGGAUUGGAUGGUUGGGCUUCUCAUUGACAGCCCUUUCGCAUUGCUUCCGGUUCGGAGCUACUAACUAUCGGGACAAGUUCACCUUCUGGCUUUUUGAUGUAUCCAUACCAAUCUGGGUGGUUAAUGCAUUCAUAUCUGUGGUGGGAUCCAUAACUGGAUUUUUGUGGCUUAGGCACCCUCAGUUGUGCAUCUCGAUGGAAUACAAGGUAACUUCUUACGUGAUUGGAGUUGUGCGUGCCAUUGAGGUCUAUCUAUGGUGUUCCCGUGGCAUGGCAAGGGUAUUGUCAAAGAUAGAAGGGGAGAUCAAUCAUGUUUAGCAUCAUAUUCAUGGUAAAAAUCUCAUGCCCAAUGAGGGAGAAAUGGCAAGUUAUUUACAAUUACCAAUGUCAAGUACUCUCUGUAUUCAUUAAUCAUUGUGGCGUGCCUUACAUCUGUAUGAACUUUGCUCUCGAAGUUCAGGAAGACCCCCACCCCCUGGCUUUACUUUGGACCAGCAGAAAAGGGCAAUGUCUGUUCAGAAUACCCGUGAACUUUCUGCAAAUCAAGUAGCAAGAAUUAUACACACAGCUGGAUAGCAACUUUUGCACAUCACGGCAUGAAUCAUGCACACAAAGCCAAAAAAUUAUAGUAGUCUGCUUUAUCGAUACAAAAACGAGCACGACGUCUUAACAUGGCAUAUAGAAGUUGACAUCUGAAAUCCAUCCUACACACGAUGCAAUUCGACGACGACUAAGGCCCUGAUGCAAUUCGACGACGACUAAGGUCCUGUUUCUCAGAUAAGCUGUAUAAAUAUUGAAAGGGUUUGAAUCA